AUGGAGAUCGCAAUCUGCGGAUUUCCGGAACAGUUCAAGUUAAUGUUUCCCUCCGUGGUGGCUUGGGUGGCGCUGCGUCACAGAACCAUCACACCACAACCUGUUAGCACACUCCUACAGCACCACAGCCUGUCAACACACCCCUACAGUACAAAACCUAUCAGCAUACCACUACAGCACCACAACCUGUCAGCACAUUCUUACAACACCACAGCCUGUCAGCACACCCUCAAAACACCGCAGCCUAUCAACACACCCAACACAGCACCAAAGCCUGUCAGCACAUUCCUACAACACCAAAGCCUACCAGCACAUUCCCACAGCACCACCUACCAGCACACACCCCACAGCACCACAGUCUGUCAGCACAUUCCUGCAACACCACAGCCUACCAGCACACCCCCACAGCCCCAUAACCUACCAGCACACACCCCACAGCACCACAGCCAAUCAGCACAUUCCUACAAUACCAUAAACUGCCAGCACACCACUACAGCAUCACAGCCUGCCAGCACACCCCCCCAGCACCACGGCCUGUCAACGCACCACCACAGCACCACAGGCUGUCAACGCACCACCACAGCACCACGGCCUGUCAACGCACCACCACAGCAACACAGCCUCACCACAGCCUGUCAGAACACCAUUACAGCACACAGCCUGUCAGCACACCACUACAGCACCACAGCCUGUCAGCACACCACUACAGCACCACAGCCUGUCAGCACACCAUUACAGCACACAGCCUGUCAGCACACCACUACAACACCACAGCCUGUCAGCACACCACUACAGCACCACAACCUGUCAGCACAUCACUACAGCACCACAGCCUGUCAGGAAACCACUACAGCAUACAGCCUGUCAGCACAUUACUACAGCACACAGCCUGUCAGCACAUUACUACAGCACCAUAGCCUGUCAGCACACCACUACAGCACCACAGCCUGUCAGCACACCAUUACAGCACCACAGCCUGUCAGCACAUUACUACAGCACCACAGCCUGUCAGCACACCACUACAGCACCACAGCCUGUCAGCACACCACUACAGCACCACAGUCUGUCAGCACACCACUACAGCACCACAGCCUCCUGUCAGCACACCACUACAGCACCACAACCUGUCAGCACACCCUCAAAACACCGCAGCCUAUCAACACACCCAACACAGCACCAAAGCCUGUCAGCACAUUCCUACAACACCAUAGCCUACCAGCACAUUCCCACAGCACCACCUACCAGCACACACCCCACAGCACCACAGUCUGUCAGCACAUUCCUGCAACACCACAGCCUACCAGCACCCCCCCACAGCCCCAUAACCUACCAGCACACACCCCACAGCACCACAGCCUGUCAACACAUUCCUACAAUACCAUAAACUGCCAGCACACCACUACAGCAUCACAGCCUGCCAGCACACCCCCCCAGCACCACGGCCUGUCAACGCACCACCACAGCACCACAGCCUGUCAACACACCACAACAGCACCACGGCCUGUCAACGCACCACCACAGCAACACAGCCUCACCACAGCCUGUCAGCACAUUACUACAGCACCACAGCCUGUCAGAACACCAUUACAGCACACAGCUUGUCAGCACACCACUGCAGCACCACAGCCUGUCAGCACACCACUACAGCACCACUGCCUGUCAGCACACCAUUACAGCACACAGCCUGUAAGCACAGCACCACAGCCUGUCAGCACACCACUACAGCACCACAGCCUGUCAGCACAUCACUACAGCACCACAGCCUGUCAGCAAACCACUACAGCAUACAGCCUGUCAGCACAUUACUACAGCACACAGCCUGUCAGCACAUUACUACAGCACCACAGCCUGUCAGCACACCACUACAGCACCACAGCCUGUCAGCACACCACUACAGCACCACAGCCUGUCAGCACACCAUUACAGCACCACAGCCUGUCAGCACAUUACUACAGCACCACAGCCUGUCAGCACACCACUACAGCACCACAGCCUGUCAGCACACCACUACAGCACCACAGUCUGUCAGCACACCACUACAGCACCACAGCCUGUCAGCACAUUAAUACAGCACCACAGCCCGUCAGCACACCAUUACAGCACCACAGCCUGUCAGCACACCAUUACUGCACCACAGCCUGUCAGCACACCUCUACAGCACCACAGCCUGUCAGCACACCACUACAGCACCACAGCCUGUCAGCACACCAUUACAGCACCACAGCCUGUCAACACAGCACCACAGCCUGUCGGCACAUUACUACAGCACCACAGCCUGUCAGCACACCAAUACACCACCACAGUCUGUCAGCACACCACUACACCACCACAGCCUGUCAGCACACCACUACAGCACCACAACCUGUCAGCACAUUACUACAGCACCACAGCCUGUCAGCACACCACUACACCACCACAGCCUGUCAGCAUACCACUACAGCACCACAGCCUGUCAGCACACCACUACAGCACCACAGCCUGUCAGCACAUUACUACACCACCACAGUCUGUCAGCACACCACUACACCACCACAGCCUGUCAGCACAUUACUACAGCACCAUAGCCUGUCAGCACAUUACUACACCACCACAGUCUGUCAGCACACCACUACAGCACCACAGCCUGUCAGCACACCACUACAGCACCGCAGCCUGUCAGCACACCACUACAGCACCACAGCCUGUCAGCACACCACUACAACAUCAUAUCCUGUCGUCAACAUAGUUUUACAUCGACACAGCUUCACACCGCGGCAUUACAGCAUCACUCAUACAACACCACACCCGAAGCAAUAA